UUAUUUUAUUUUCAUUCUUUCGAUAUACCAGUGACUUUUUAAAAUCACAUGUUUGUUCGAGACUGGAGUUUUUAAGGAGCUUGAAGAGGACAACACAACUUAUUCUCAAGUCAAAAUGAGGCGGUGGACGCUAAAGCUGCGAGCCCAAAUUGUGUUUUUUAUCAUCUGCACCUGCGUCAUAUGCCAAUGUGGUCUAAUAAAAGCAGAAAUCUGCCCGAGCAAGGACAUCCGGAACAAUGUGGCCAACCUUCAGUCUUUAGACAACUGUACCAUCAUCGAGGGCCACCUGAAGAUUCUGCUUAUGUUUAAAACCAAGCCCGAUGACUUCCGAGGCCUCAGCUUCCCAAAACUGAGAGUGGUGACGGACUAUGUGCUGCUGUUUAGAGUCUACGGCCUUGAGACCCUCAGUGAUCUGUUUCCCAACCUCACAGUGAUCCGUGGCAACAACCUCUUCUUCAACUACGCCCUUGUGAUGUAUGAGAUGCUUCAAUUGAGGGAGGUGGGCCUUCACAGUCUGAUGAAUAUCACCCGGGGUGCUGUGAGGAUUGAGAAGAAUUCCGACCUCUGCUACCUGGCCACUCUGGACUGGUCCAAGAUCCUGGACUCGGUGGAGGACAAUUUCAUUGUGGCCAAUAAGAACGAGAGGGAGUGUGGAGAUGUGUGUCCUGGCACGGCCCAAGGUCAGACCAUCUGCCAACAGAACACCAUCAAUGGACACUUCAGGGGACGAUGCUGGUCGCAGAAGUACUGUCAGAGAAUGUGCUUGGACAACUGUAAGCAUGGUGCAUGUAGCCUCCAAGGCCAGUGCUGCCAUGACCAAUGCCUGGGCGGCUGUUCUGAGUCAGGGAAUGCAAGUAGCUGUGUGGCCUGCAGGAACCUCCAGCAUGGGAACACCUGUGUGGAGAAAUGUCCCCCUGGAUACUAUGUCUUCAGGGGCUGGCGCUGCAUCAGCUUCUCCUUCUGUCAGGAACUUCACAACCAGUGUAAACAAACUAAGAAGUUGAACCAAGAUCGGGAGUCGGUCUGUGAUGAAUAUGUCAUCCAUAAUGGGGCCUGUAUUCCAGAGUGUCCUUCUGGAUACACCAUUAGAAACUCCACUACGUUGACCUGUUCACCUUGUUUAGGCCUGUGUCCUAAAACGUGUGCAGGAAAUAAGACGAUUGAUUCGGUAACUUCAGCACAGGCUCUGAGAGGCUGCACUGUUCUCCACGGAAGCAUGAUCAUCAAGAUCCGAGGCGGGAAUAACAUAGCUGCUGAGUUGGAGGCUAGUUUGGGCCAGAUUGAGGAGAUCACAGGAUACCUGACUGUACGCCGAGCAUACGCCCUCGUCUCCCUUUCCUUUCUACGCAAACUACGUGUCAUCAGAGGGCAGCAUCUUGAGGCAGAUAUUUAUGCCUUGUAUGCGCUGGACAACCAAAACCUACGAGAAUUGUGGGACUGGUCCAAGCACAACCUGACCAUAUUGCGUGGUCGCACAUUCUUCCACUACAACUCCAAACUUUGCAUGUCUGAAAUCAGAAAGAUGGAGGAGGUUACGGGAACCAAGGAACGCAACCAAAAGAAUGAUAUUGCUGUACGCAACAACGGGGACCAAGCCUCCUGUGAGACCAAGCUACUGAACUUCACCACGAUCAAGACCUUAUCAAAUAUGAUAAUGUUGAAGUGGGAGGCCUUUUGGCCCACAGAUUUUAGAGACCUGCUUGGAUUUAUGGUUCUUUACAAGGAGGCACCCUAUAGGAAUGUAACCGAGUUCGACGGCCAGGAUGCAUGUGGCUCUAACAGCUGGGCAAUUGCUGAUAUUGAACCUCCACUUCGUCCAACGGACAACAGAAAGUCAGAGGAUCCGGGGCACCUAAUCCGACCUUUGAAGCCCUGGACCCAAUAUGCUAUCAUGGUUAAAACUCAACUGUCGGCAUCUGAUGAGCAUCAGGUUCAUGGAGCCAAGAGUGAGAUCAUAUAUGUUCGCACCAACGCCUCCAAGCCCUCAGUGCCUCUAGACCCAAUCUCCUCCUCCAACUCCUCCUCCCAGAUUAUCCUGAAGUGGAAGCCCCCAACAAGUCCCAAUGGCAACAUCACCCACUAUCGGGUCAUCUGCCGCAAGCAGCCCGAAGACAGCGACCUGUACAAGUUCGACUACUGCCUCCAAGGAGUGAAGCUACCAUCUCGCACCCCAACCCACCUAGACAGUGAGGAAGAACAGAAGUGGAACCACACAGACGAGCUCACAUCAGGAGGCCGGUGCUGCGCCUGCCCUAAAACAGACAACCAGCUGAAGAAGGAGCAGGAGGAGAUAGAGUACCGCAAGACCUUUGAGAACUUUCUUCACAAUGAAGUCUUUGAGAGCAGGCCAUCUCGUCGGCGACGCUCAGUGGGAAUUGCCAACGCUACUCAAACCCCACACUUCCUUACCACAACCCCCAGUUCACUAUUUGGCUCCAAGUCUCCUGGCACUGAAGAUGACGAGGAGGAUGAGGAGGGGUCCAAGGUGGAGCUGAAGGUUUUCACGAAAGAGUCAACAGUUAUUUCCAACCUGCAUCACUUUACCAGCUAUAAGAUAGAGAUCAUGGCCUGCAACGAUCCAGUGGACCUCAAACGCUGCAGCAUGGCUAGUUAUGUCAGUGCCCGAACCAUGCCAGAGGAGAAAGCAGAUGACAUCCCAGGCUCUGUGACCCAUGAAAUAGUGUCAGCUGAACCUCCUUAUGUGUUGAUCAAAUGGAAUGCACCUCGAACCCCUAACGGCCUCAUCAUCCUGUAUGAGGUCUUCUACAGGAAGGUUGGAGACACAGAGAUUCAUACAGCUUGUGUGUCACGGCCAGCCUACCUCAUGUCUGGUGGCACGAAGCUUGCACUUCUGCAGCCUGGAAACUACAGUGUGAGAGUCCGUGCCACCUCCUUGGCAGGAAAUGGCUCUUUUACGGACACUACGUACUUCUUCAUGCCCAACCCGGAUCCUGGUUUAGUUUGGAUCGUGAUUGGCCCAGUCUUCUGCUUCAUCCUGCUGCUGUUUGUGGGAGGUGGAGUCUUUUGGAUCUUCAAGAUGAAGCAAACAGAAGGCCCAACAGGACCUCUUAUCGCGUCCUCAAACCCUGAGUAUAUCAGUGCUAAUGAUGUGUACGUUCCUGAUGAGUGGGAGGUGCCCCGGGAGAAGAUCACGAUUCUCAGAGAGCUGGGUCAGGGUUCCUUUGGCAUGGUGUACGAAGGAAUUGCCAAGGACAUUAUCAAAGGAGACCCGGAUACACAAGUAGCUGUCAAGACGGUCAAUGAAUCGGCCAGCCUGCGGGAGAGGAUUGAGUUCCUCAACGAAGCCUCUGUCAUGAAGGCCUUCAGUUGUCACCACGUGGUUCGUCUUUUGGGUGUCGUGUCCAAAGGUCAACCCACUCUAGUCGUGAUGGAGCUGAUGACUCACGGUGACCUGAAGAGCUACCUGCGGGGUCUUAGGCCAGACUCAGACAACAACCCUACAGGCCGUCCACCGCCCACACUGAAGGAGAUGAUCCAGAUGGCUGCAGAAAUUGCAGAUGGCAUGGCUUACCUCAAUGCCAAGAAGUUUGUCCACAGAGACCUGGCUGCCAGGAACUGCAUGGUGGCAGAGGACUACACUGUUAAGAUUGGAGAUUUUGGUAUGACACGAGAUAUAUAUGAGACAGACUACUAUCGUAAAGGAGGAAAGGGUCUGCUUCCUGUCAGGUGGAUGGCUCCAGAAUCACUGAAGGAUGGAGUCUUCACUGCCCACUCUGACUGCUGGUCGUUUGGCGUUGUGCUCUGGGAGAUCAGCACGCUGGCAGAGCAGCCUUACCAAGGUUUAUCUAACGAGCAGGUUCUAAAGUUUGUCAUGGAUGGAGGUUACCUGGACCGGCCAGACAACUGCCCAGAGAGAAUGCACAACCUGAUGCAGAUGUGCUGGCAGUACAACCCCAAGAUGCGGCCACUGUUUCACGAGAUCAUUGAGAUGCUGCGUGAGGACCUGCACCCAUCUUUCCACGAGGUUUCCUUCUUCUACAGUGAAGAAAACAAAGUCCAUGAGACAGAGGAGUUUGACCUGGACCUGGACAAUAUGGAGAGCAUCCCUCUGGACCCAUCUUCGUACUCGCAGAGAGAGGAGAGCUUAGGCAGGGACAGCGGGCCGUCUGUGGCCCUUAGGGGGAACUAUGAGGAGCAUGUCCCCUAUACACACAUGAACGGUGGAAAGAAAAAUGGACGAAUCUUAUCGUUGCCCAGAUCCAGCCCCUCCUAACGUUUCCUGUUUCCUAAAAGAACUUGUUGAACCUCUCCCAACCCUUCUUUCUGUUCAAAUCCAUUUUUCUGCAUCCAUCAUGUUCUUCUCAUCAUUUUCUUAUGAUUCUUAUUCUUGGAGUAGCCCUUCAAAAAAAAAACAAACAGAAAUCUCAGGACUUUUUAUUUUUUUCCUCAAGGCUGCCAAUCACAGGCAAGCAAGGGAUGCAAACAGUGCACCACUAACAGUGCACACCUCUUCUUUUUUUUUAACUUCCUCUCUAACACACCGGGCUGUCUAUUGCCAGAUUAUCUAUUAUUUUUUCACUAUUUUCACAUUUCCAGGACUCAUCAUGUUGGAAACGAAGAGGAAAAUAAAACAAACUGUGAACUCGACAAACCUUAGACAACCAAGAUGGCUGCUUAUGCUCAUCCUCCUCAAGACUCGUCUCGUCUUUUCUCCCCCCCACCAAAUCGGCAUUUCCACUUUUCCGUGCUUUGUUAUUUUGAUCCUAGUGAAAUCUUUUUACUCAGAUAGUGGCCUUUUUAUACGUGGCCUAUAAACGAAGAGAAGUGUCUAUCAGCGCUCAUGCUAAUUUCCUCUUGAAACAAUGAAUCUGUUUGGAACAGUGGGAUGACUUGCAAAGACUUGAUCCUAGAACAAAACAUCUAUUCCUAGAAUGUCUUCUUUUUGUUUGUUUCUCUUUUUUUGGUUCUGCAGAAUUCCAAACUACACACAGAUUCAUCGGGUGUUUGGUGAAUAGUUUUAAUUUAUUUACUUUUAUUGUUUCUCUCUCUCUCUCUCUCUCUCUCUUUUACCUCUGUGUCCUCACUAUAUGGCUGAAGGAUAUUUAAACAGUUAAGAAUUGGACAAAAGAGUUCCUCAGACUGACCAAUAGCUGCUGCUUUGAUAUAUUUUAGUGGGUAUAUGAAUAUAUAUAUAAUAUAUAUGUAGUAUAUAUGGAAUAUUGGUAUUUCUGUGCCAAUAUUUUAUAUAUAAUAUAUGACAUAUUGAUGUUGUGUAAAUAGUUCAUAUUUGUAAGAUUAUUACUUUGCUAUUAUUUUGUUUUGCCAGUUUUGUUUUCUUUCUUACUUUAUAGCCCCAGAAAUUACACUAAUGUACCAAUAGUGCUCUCCGUGUCUUUGGCCUCCAGACUCCAACCCUCAAGUACUUUUUUCCAUCUCGAUGGAAAAAAGGAAAAGCCGCAAAAUAUCGUUGACUUACUGCUUCUUUUAUUUUUAUAAACCUCAGUCCCUCUGAGAGCUGUCAAUAUUUGGAGGCAACUUUUAUUACAACUACGGAAAAAAAGUAGAUUAACCAAAAAACUCCUUAUGUAAAAGGGGAAUGAGGUCUUUCUAGGCUGAAGUGCACCUGAUGUGUGUUUGUGUCCAUUUGCUCUGGUCAGGUCACGCUGGAGUGUGUUUCUUAUCACAGUUUUCUUUUCUU